AUGAAUUAUCCAUAUCCAACUUCACCAUACAUGCCAACAACAAUGGCACAAGCCAUGCAGGCACUGAUGACUGGUAAUCCAUUACCACCCAAUUGUUUUGUUGUAGCUAUACCAAUGGAACAAGCACAACAAAUGUUUCCACAAUUAAUGAUGAAUUAUGUAUCGGGUGGUAGUGCAAAGGUAUUUUCUCAACCAUCAUCAUAUUAUGGUCAACUUUAUCAACCACAACCAGGUCGAUAUCCAAAUAAUCAACAAUCAAAUGCUCUCGUACCUUAUUCAAAUUAUCAUUCACAAGGUUAUCAUCAAAAUUAUAAUUAUCCUAUGGUUCCCUAUGUUGAUUAUAACAAUCAAUCAAAGAGAAAAGAUCACUAUGGUAAAAACUAUCGUUCAGAACCACAUUCAAAUGUUUAUAAUUCAUCAUCAUUUGAUUCUCAUAUGAAUAAUUUAAGUUGGAGUCGAAUAUUUGGUCGUCAUCAUCCUCAUGUAAAACAACGGCAACAUGAGCAAGGUGCAAUAGGUUAUGAGCAAAAACCAACUUCAUCAAAGCAACAACAACAACAACAACAACAACAACAACAGCAACAAACAUACACAACUCAUUCUUUAACAUUAUCCUCAUUGACAUCAACAAGUUCGUCAUCUACUACAAGUGAUGAGUCAAUUCGACGAGUAACUGUAUCAACUAAACAACCAGUUGAAUUAUCAUCUUCAAAACAGCAACAAACAAAAGGUAGUUUACCAUUUAAAUAUUCCUCAGAUUUUGUUCCAGGUAAUGAAAAACAAAAAUUACAAAAAUCCAAUAGACGAGAUACACAUCUUAAAUCUGAUGAUGUUUUCUUUGUUAAAAUGGCUCAACAAUCUCAGCCAGCGUCAAAAAAAUAA